AUGACGCGAGUAAUAGAAGCGCCUAUAGCCAAAACUGGCCUUCAGAUUCUCAGGACAAGGCUUUCGCAAUUUCCUAUCAACCUCCUGUCAAAGCAAAAAGAUAAAGUUCGGAAGGAUCGAAAAAACAACGCUGUUCGAGAACACUAUUCCAGGUGCUACCACGACCAACGUGCCUACCAUCACGAGAAGCAGGCAGCGCGAAAGCAUGCCGGAAGAGGCUGGUACCACGGCUUUAAAAGGAGAAUGGGAGUACAUCAAAACAAAGUUGUUUGA